CAAUAGUACCAGCGUUCAUCAGCGGAGAUCUUGUCGUAGAGGAUUGCUGUAGUAUAUUAGUGACUUUCAGAGAGUGUUAAACGUAUAUGCUAAUAAAUAUUUGCCUAUCCAUCUAUAACUCUCAAUAAACAAAAAGGAGAGAGAGAGAUUAUACAAUGGUCUCUUCUGCAUUGUUCUGUUUAUUCUUCGUUCCCUACGUGUUGACCGAUGACGUAAGCAAACUAUGUCCUGGGACCAUUCCUCUACAGCGCGUCCCUUCAACCGGCGAAGGAACUUGGUGGACGAUUCUAGCAACUAAAGCAAGCACUGGACAAUGUGGAAUGAACAACAACCAACCCCCCUGCAAGUGUACGGGGUUUCAGUUCAGUAGUAAUCUACUUCCACCCUACAUUCCUGCUUACAACGGCACUGUGUUUGGAUACAAUACAGAGAAAUGUGCCUAUGAACUGCAACAAGUGGAAAUAGCACUCGUGGACAAAAACCAACCUUGGGCAAUAUUCAACUUCAAAGAUAAGGCCUCUGGCUCAUCCAGUGUAGUGUCUGCCUUAGACACAGACGAUCAUGAAACCUUCAUAAUAUUUUACUUAUGUGGUGUGAAGUCAGCCGAAGGAGAACCGAUAGUUAUUGUUGUAUCCAAAUCCAGAGACGGGCUGUGCAGUGAGAGUCAAGAGAGGGUUGACGCUGUCCUCAAAGCAAACAACAUUUGCAAGGACAAACUUGUAGCAUUUGAUACAUCAGAAUGUGCAGAUAUUUGAACACUGUAUUUCAUCCAUUGUUUAAAGGAAUUAAACAAUAACAUUGACAGUCA